CAAACCAUUAACAACGAGGCAGUGAGCAUAAUUAUGUAGCACUGUGUUUAAACAAGACGAUAUAGAAGAGGGCAGGUGUUGCAUGUUUUAUUAAAUGGGAAAUCUGGUAGGCAGCUGGCGUUUCAAGGAGCCGAGCACCGUUGAGGAAUGCGACUCGACGUGGGGAUCGGACUCGGAGAGCGAUGAGGCGGGACUUGAGGAUGACAGCGGCAUCUCCGACUCCGUCAGCCCGGCGGACAGCGAGUGGGCCGCGGGACACACCGGAGACACCUCCCCGCAGCUGACUGACUCACCAGAGUCUGCUCCAAAGAUGAAGAGGAGUUUCUAUGCUGCCAGGGAUCUCUACAAAUACCGCCACAGCUACCCGAAUUACAGGAGAUCCAGGCAGUCAAACGAGUACCGUAACCUCCGCUUCUACAUGAACAAGAUCCCUCUGGUACCUGAUGGUAUCUACAUUGAGGAGAUUCUGUCCAAGUGGAGAGGCGACUACGACAAACUGGAGCACAAUCACACCUACAUUCAGUGGCUGUUCCCAUUAAGAGAACAAGGGCUCAACUUUUACGCACAUGAACUGACUCAGGACGAGAUUAAAGAAUUUCAAACCACUCGGGAAGCAAAGAGGAGAUUCCUGGCUGCCUAUUCCAUGAUGUUGGACUUUUAUGGCAUCAAAUUGCUAGAUAAAAGCGGUAAUGUGGCGCGGGCUUCCAACUGGAAGGAGCGCUUCCAGCACCUUAAUGAAUCUUACCACAACUACCUGCGUAUCACUCGCAUCCUGAAGUCCCUGGGUGAACUUGGCUAUGAGGCCUUUAAGGCUCCACUGGUUCGCCUUUUUCUGGAAGAGUCGCUGUGCAAUGGUACCCUCCCCAAUAUGCAGCAUAGCAUCCUGGAAUAUUAUGUGUAUACCAUCCGCCUGCCAGCCACCCGCCGGCGCCUGCUCCGCUACGCUCGCCAACACUACAGGCCUGCCCAUGCCUUCCUUUGGGGACCACCGUCUAAAAGGCGGGCAGGUGACACUAUGGGUGCUGGGAGUAGUGGGAUCAGAGCUCCUGCUCCGACACCGGAGCAGCAGAGGAGAGGAGAGGAGAGCGUCACAUCUUCCAGUAGCCGGAUUAUUGUGUCUUCCCAUGAUGCCAUUAUGUGCCAGGACCUGGCUGGAGGAGGGAUCAAGGUCUGCCCAGAACUCGGUUCCAACUUGACCGGCCUGCAGGGAGCCCUCAUGACAGUGGGAGGUAGAGGAGAGAGGAACGAGUACAACGAGACUCUUCCUUUGUAGGGUAUAUGAGUUUGUUUAUAAAUUUCACCAGUUCAGUUGCAAAGAAGCUAAAAAGCUUCAAGAGGACCCCAGAAGAUGCUUGAAUCCCAGCAUCAGGAGAGUAAAACACAGCAAGAGAUAUAAGACUGUUAGACACAUGAUCAGAAUGAGUUCAGGUUAAGGGCUUAUCAUAAACUUAGAUAGUUCAUUUCAAACAAAUAUUUACUUUAAUUUGGAUUAUAAUAUUAGGAUGAAGAGCUUUGAAAGUUUGGACAAAUUUCCAAACCCAUCUAAAUAAGUGGAGACCCCAAUUUAAGUUGCUUUCUUUUCACGUACAUCACUUAACUAGAGAACUGCCUUAUUCAUUUACUGUGGAACUUUUAUUCUGAGGAGGUGUUUACUGACUGGUGAUGAUGGCUUUUGGAAAAAGAGUCAUUGAAUAUUGGAACUGGAGCUCCUCCAAGCAACAAGCAGCAAGCUGAACUGCGUUCUUUUUGUACAGGGGCUGUAUGAUGUUAUACUUACCUAAAUGAGUGAUCAGUAAAAAUCCAUUUUUGGGUUUUGUUUUGUCCAACAAAAGAAAAGUUUAACUGGUUAGCAAUACAUGUUAAUAGCAGGCACAAUUAUAUCUACUCUGUGAUUUUUUUUUUUUUUUUUUUUGUCUCUAAGGUUGAAAGUAGCCACUUACUCCAGAAAUUGUAUAAAACUUAAGAGCAAAAAAAAUAAACAUUUUAUAGAGAUUAGAUAAAUUUAGUGUACACUUAAGGACAGAAAGGCUUUUGGUGACAUUAUCACAUGUAAAUUACUACUGGUAGUUCAGCAGAUCACUGAAAAUUGGCUGUGAUAAUGCACAGCUAAAAACGGUGAAUAACAACUUAUAAAGAAAAAGACAUCAAAUAUAUUUGAAGGCAAAAGCAGUGAGCAUCAGUUAAAUAAACUCUGGAAUCAGAAACUGUGUAAAAAAUAUUUAAUUUAAACCACAAUUCCUUACGUUGUAAAUACAAUUAUUACCCCGCAAUUAUACCGGGUGCGCGGUACGUUACAGCUGCGCCAUGCUUUUGUUCCGAUCUGCAUGGCGUCAUUUUAUACCGCGAGCGUGUCAUGUGUGGAGCGCCCACGAGUGCAGUCCACCGCGAGAUCAUGAAAUCACAGAAGUUUUCUUGUGAUUCUCCACUUCCAGGGUAAACAUCUCAUCAUCUAUGAUGAAAAAAAAAACACUGAGACCCUCUGACUGGUUGAACACGUAAUGUUUUCAUGGUUCAGCAGCGCAAAUCUGCACGGGGACUUUUAUUUUGAAAAAUACCAGAAGCUUUUACACUGCUCCUGUGUCUGAUUUCCUGUCUGCCCCUAUCUGAACUGCGGAAUUGACGCGUUCUGGGUGCGUGAAGCAUCAAAAAUAGGCUUGUCGCAUAAAUGUAGCAGAGCGCCGCGACAAUGCGCUUCUGGGACGCUUCUGAUACGCGCUGCGCCGCUUUCGGUUUAGAACAAGCCAUUGACUAAAAUACCCGCGAAUAGCAGUGGAAGCCGUAACAUGCCGCACACGCACCCGUAUAAUUCCACCUUUAAAGGUGCAGGGAAAACACAGCUUCACUCAUUUGAAUGAAUUAGGUUCAGACAGCGUAUCAAUCUUUUAUAAAAUAGGUUAAGUCUUAUUAGGUUUUAGGAAAUAGAUACUAUAAAUACCUAAAAUGCAUACACUUUAGCCAGAAGCUGAAAAUUGGGACUUUUCUGCAAAUCUAGCUAGUGUUGAAGAGUAGUAGUUUAUCUGGUUUUACUGUUAAGCUGCUUCAAGGGUCGACUGUUAAUAAAAGAUUUAUAGCCUCUGAGCCCGAUAAAUGUAGCCAAUGUGGCAGUGCCUUAAUUCUGCAGUUUAUCUCAUCUCCAGCAGGGGGCGGCCUUUGCAGUUGCAAAAAUUUUAGGACAUUGGCAAAUUUUUUAUUUCAUAUUUAAACUGUUAGCUACGGCAGCUGAGAGCAGCCAUGUUUGAACAUGUUUUUAACAUCAUUAUCUUCAAUUUGUGAGAUAGUUAACUGUUUAUUUAGAAAUAAUAAUGAUUUUUUUCUCGAGGUAACAAUUGAAUUAUUUUAAACACAUUAGACCACAAAUAACUGCGACAAUUAUCAAAAACAUUCGGUUCCAACCUUUUUCAUCGUCAUCUCAUUGUCUCUAGAAACAAAGCUCUUAACCUGUAUGGUAUGUCGUUAUGUUGAGAAAAGGCAGAUUUAUCUACAUAAUGAAAAAAUUCUUACUCGUCAUCAGAUGAAAAUGAGCUUAAUUACCUCAAGAAACUAAUAAUUUACUCAAACUAAAAUUAAGUAAUGGCUGUUUUUGGCUUCCAUAGUGAGCCCAGUAAACAUUAUUAUUAUGGUCUUAAUGGGCUACAAAUAGUCUUCAACGGAUCAUUUUGUAAAUUUUGUAAAUAAUAGUCCAACUUAGAAUAAAAUAGAUAUUAAAAGCAUGGAUGUGCAUAGUUUCACAAAAUGCAGAGCCCAAGGCUUCAGAACAGCAAUUCACAAGGUAAAGUUUGAUAUAACAGUGCUUACUCCAUCUUUCAAACAGUUCAUGAUUAUAAUUCGAUUUGACAAGCAAGAUAAUUUAGGUAAUUAUAGCUAAUUUAAAUGUUCAUAUCUAUCAUUAGUGGCACUUUUUGCCAGUAGGUGUUAGCUAGCUAGGUGUAGCUACAUUAGGUAGCUAGUGUUUGCAACUACUGUCACUUAAAGCUGUAACUUCUUUAUCUUCUGAAUCAAAAUGAAGCACAGUAUAAUGCAAAUAAUUAAUUAAAUAUUUAUCAAUACAUAUAAACUGAAACAACUGGAAUAAAAGUAAUUCAGUCAGUUAAAAUGUUAGCUGCUAAUGUUAGCGAUAGUCUCUAUGAAUUAGAUUUGCUUCUGUAGAUUAAGCUACUUUCGCUGGUUGUGUAUUAGCAUCAAUGAUAACAUGGUAACAAACUUCAUCAAUAUAUUCUGAAACUAUUUUCCUCAUAUGGUUGAUGUUAUAUCAGUUUUUAAGCUAGGCUCAUUAGCUGCCCGUCUUGCAUUAUUUAAGAGUACAACAAUGUUUAAUGUGUAUUCAAGAAUGAUAGCCACUCUGUGUUUUUUUGUCUAACACAUCGACAUUUUUGAUCAACCAUAUUUGAUCAAAUCAGCAAAAACUAUGCUUUUUUAAGCUGCCAUUGCCAACAGCAUGUUUUCAUCUAUAAGCCGUCCACACUGAACUAAAAAAAAUGCUGGAUGUGGAUUUUUAGCUAAGUUCAUGUGAUCACAUAAGUGAUGUGUGGUGUGAGUUUCACUUUUCCGACAAUCUGUGUCUUCCUGUAGGUAUCUCAGAAUUGCUGCACAUCAUAAACAAAAUAGAUUGUUCUCAAAUUUUCUACCCUAGCAAUAAUUUAACUUGAUGUGAGAAAGUGAACAUCCAUGUUGUAUUGAUUUUAGUCAUGGUGGAAAAAAUAGGGCUACAUUUGUGGAGUUGCAGUUGCUGAUAUUUAUUGUCAGACGCUCAGUAUGUUAAUUUAAGAUCUAUAUUACAGAGAAGAAAUAAUAUUUCACAUAAAACUAAUAAAAUAUAUAUGUUGUGAGGGUGCAGGGAUCAUAUUUCUCACUAGGUAAGGCCUGACUACUCCUUUUUAAGGCAGUGAGAUGUUAAUAUCAUACCAUCACCUUAGGCAUCACCUGGAUUUUGCUCAGUUUUAAAUUCAGUAAUAAAGGUAUGACUUGAAACGGAUGAGUGUGUCUGGUCACAACAGAUAGAAAUGUGAAAUAAAAAGCCAUGUUAGCUGAGACAGAAUUUUUGGACUUAAAUGCUUCGUCCUGACUUGGUCAGCUCUUCUCCCUGUAGGGUACAGCCUUGUUUGUAAUUAACUUAGAAGGUUUAUUUAUUAGUUUUUUAACCAAGUGAAUCUGAUAUAAUUGUAAAAGUAUCUUUCAGGUGGAUUGUAUGAUAACAGGCUCAACUAUUUGAAGUUAAUCUGAACACGUGUGAGUGUGUGUUUGAUAUUCAGAAGUGCCUCUUUUGUAUGUUUCUUUUUAUCUGUAUGCUAUGAGCAGUGUCUUUACCAACGUCUUAUAUAUCCUCUUUUUUGUACAGCAUUUUGAUGUUUAAUUUAUUGUCAGAUACAAUAUAGUUGAUAAUAUACAGCAGCAGGUAUAAAUCCCUUAACAUCUGCUAUAGAGGAACGGUUAUUACUGUGAGAAUACUUGAAAAUAUUGUAUCUGGCUUAUUCAAAUAAAUGUGAUUGUUUUAUAGAA